AUGGCUCCCCCUUUCGUCUUCCCCUCGACCCUGCGGGAUCUCGAGCGGGACGCCGACGGAGACGACGACGGCGAACCGUCGCUCCGCCCGGAGGCCCCCAUCGCCGUCACGGCCCUCCGCGCCGCCGACCUCGAGGAGUUCGUCAAAGGCACUUCAUUUGAUCUGUCUGACAAAGAACUCUUCUGCAUCGAGGAGCAAGAUGUGUUUAAUAGCGUAUACUCUAUCGUGCGUGACUUCACUUGCUUGCCCCCAGCCCUUAAGUUCAACCUUGUUGAGGCCUUGCGCUCCAACCUCAGUGUCCUUCUACCGAACAUUGACUCCCUUUCACGAGCUUCCAUGUCCCCUUCUGACGGGAUCCCUAUCACUGACCGCAUUGCUUCUCACCGCAACACCCUCAAGAUAUACUCCUUUUUCCUCCUUUCCAUUGUCCUCACUCAGGAAUCUUCAGCUGAUAGUGGCACUGGGGCAAAGGUGACAACACAUGGUCGGAAGAAGAAUCCUGUUUAUGCUUGGAAUUGGGAAGCGCAAAGAGGGCGGAUCAUGAAUCUUGUUGCCACUUCUCUUGAAGUUGACCUCACAUUACUUUUUGGUCCAGGCGGUGCUGAUGAAAGAUAUCUCUCUUUUGUUUCAAAGUGUACUUUUGUUCUAUUUGAGAAUCAAAGCGUGUUAAAAGACGAUGAAACAAGAAAUGGCCUAUGCCGGAUAAUUGGUGCAAUAGCUACAAAGCAUCAAAGGACUUCUCAAACCAGUGCAUCUGUCUUGCAUUUGAUCCAUAAAUAUGAUUUCACUGUCGCCUAUCUUAUGGAAGCAGCUGCUGCUGCAGAGAAAAAGUUUGGUGAUGGAAGCUUGGCAAUCCUGAUCAGGGAAAUUGGUCGCACUGACCCAAAAGAUUAUGUGAGAGAUGGUGCUGGUGCUGACAAUGUUGGGCGAUUCCUAGUAGAACUCGCAGAUCGGUUGCCAAAACUUAUGUCUACCAAUCUUGGUGUUCUGAUACCACAUUUUGGUGGGGAAUCAUACAAGAUUAGAAACUCUCUUGUUGGGGUCUUGGGCAAGUUGGCUGCAAAGGCAUUUAAAGAUGUUGAUGGAAAUAACAGUGCUCAUUCCAUAAGGCUCCGAAGUAAGCAGGCUAUGCUUGAAAUUUUGAUUGAGCGUUGUAGGGAUGUGUCAGCGUACACAAGGAGUCGAGUGCUUCAGGUAUGGGCAGAGUUGUGCGAAGAAAAUGCUAUUUCAAUUGGCCUGUGGAAUGAAGUGGCAUCAGUUGCUUCAGGGAGAUUGGAGGACAAAAGUGCAAUUGUGAGGAAAUCGGCAUUACAACUUCUCAUUACAAUGCUGCAACACAACCCUUUUGGGCCUCAACUAAGGACUGCAACCUUUGAGGCAACUUUAGAGAAGUACAAGGAGAAAUUGCAAGGAAUGGAGUCUCAGUCUCCUGAGGAAGAUGAACCUGUGAAUGAUCAUCAACUGGGAGAAAUGAUUGUGGGUCAGGACGAGAGUGUAAGUGAUAGCUGCCUACCUUCUAGUCAAGACCAGAGGGAUCAAGAUCCAAUGAUUGCAGAUAUAACAAACUUGGAACAGAUCCGAGCUUUGGUUGCAUCCCUUGAGGCUGGUCUGCGAUUCUCAACAUGUAUAACGUCGUUAAUGCCAAUCCUUAUCCAGUUAUUGGCAUCAUCUUCAGCUACAGAUGUUGAGAACACUAUUCUUCUAUUAAUGAGAUGCAGACAGUUUCAGGUUGAAGGUUCAGAAGCAGCACUCAGGAAAAUGCUGCCUCUGGUAUUUUCUCAGGACAAGUCAAUAUAUGAAGCAGUGGAGAGCGCAUUCAUCGCCAUAUACACAAAGAGAAUCCCAACAGAAACAGCUAAAAGCUUGAUAAACCUCAACAUUGACUGUAGCAUUGGUGACCUUGCUGCACUGGAGAACUUAGUUAGUUCAUUGGUAUUGAAAGGAGAGAUUUCGUCCAGCACGAUAUCAGCUUUGUGGGAUUAUUUUUGCUUUAACAUCAACGGCGUGAGGCCAGUGCAAUGCCGUGGAGCUUUAUCAAUUCUUUGCAUGGCAGCAAAGUCAUCUCCCAGCAUUCUGGGUUCCCAUUUACAAGAUAUUGUUGACAUUGGGUUUGGACGCUGGGCUAAGGAAGAACCUCUGCUUGCUAGAACUGCAUGCCUUGCCUUGCAUAGAUUAUCAGAAGAAGACAAGGUCAAGUUACUAAGUACCAGUACCAGAGUAUUUGCUGCAUUGCAAAGCUUGAUAACUAGCUUCUCGCUUCCUGAGAAAAUAUGGUAUGCAGCAACAGAGAAAGCUAUAAGUGCCAUCUAUACCUUACACCCUGCACCUGAAAUUUUUGCUACCGAGAUUGCAAAGAAAUCCCUCAAUUCUGUAUUCAGUUCCUCAGCAAUGGAUGGCAUGUCAAAUGGAGUUGAACUCGAAACUCAGAAUGGUCCAUUUGUUUCAGCGGUAUCAGCCACAAAGUUGGGUAGAUUUCUUUUUGUUAUUAGUCAUAUAGCACUUAAUCAUUUGGUUUACAUUGAGACUUCCGUUAAGAAGAUUCAGAAACAAAAACCAAAGAAUGACAAAUCACAGCACACUAAUGAGGACAGUGAGGUAGAUGCCUCCAAGAAUUCAGAGGCACAAGGCAUAAAUGCUGAACUGGGACUUGGCGCAACAGUAGAUAUUGCAAUAGAGUCUCUUGCUGAACAAGCUGAACGGGAGAUUGUUUCCUGUUCCUGUGAAAAGAACCUUAUUGGACACUGCGGACCAUUUCUUUCAAAACUCUGUAGGAACCCGACUUUGUUGCAAAAGUUCCCAGUGUUACACGCUUCUGCAAAGCUUGCUCUUUGCAUACUAAUGAUUAUUGAUGCAGAAUUCUGCGAAGCAAAUCUUCAAAUCCUAUUUACUGUUGCUGAAAGUGCACCCUCUGAAAUCGUCCGAUCUAACUGCACUAUAGCCCUUGGCGAUUUAGCAGUUCGCUUUCCAAACCUCUUAGAACCAUGGACAGAACACAUAUAUGCCCGAUUGGGCGACCCGUCAGCAUCUGUGAGGAAGAAUGCUGUGCUGGUCAUUUCUCAUCUUAUAUUGAAUGAUAUGAUGAAGGUUAAAGGAUAUAUCAAUGAAAUGGCUGUGAGGGUAGAAGAUGAAGACGAGAGGAUCUCAAGCCUUGCAAAACUCUUCUUUCAUGAGCUAUCAAAGAAAGGAAGCAAUCCAAUUUAUAAUCUUCUUCCGGAUAUUCUGAGCAGACUGUGCAAUCAGCACCUCAAGGAAGAAACAUUUCGCAGCAUCAUGCAAUUUUUAAUUGGUUCUAUUAAAAAGGAUAAACAAAUGGAAGCUCUUGUUGAUAAGCUCUGCAAUAGGUUUGCUGGUGGAAAUGAUGUUAGGCAGUGGGAGUACAUCUCUUACUGCCUCUCUCAGCUAACCUACACCGAGAAAGGCUUGAAAAAACUCAUUGAUAAUUUCAAGAUGUUUGAGCAUGCAUUAUCCGAAGAUUCUGUGAUGAACCACUUCAGAAGCGUGAUAGCAAAGUGUAAGAAGUUUGCAAAACCAGAGCUUAAAGUUUGCAUUGAAGAAUUCGAGGAGAAAGUUAGCAAGGUUCACGAGGAAAAGAAAGAACAGGAGGCCACGACCAGAAAUGCUGAGGCACAUAAACAGAAAAUGGGUUCUAUCGAUAGAAUCCUAGUUACUAAAGACGUUGGGCAGAAUGAUAGAAAGUCUGCUGAAGAGGAAGCUAGUGGUGAGGUUAUCGAUCCAUCAGUGGAUAACAUUGCUGAAGAUAAGGAAACAGAGGAAGCUAGUGAGGCUGUUGAUCCUUCAGUGGAUGGUAGCAAUGCUGAAGACAAGGAGAUAGGGGAAAGUAGCGAGGUUGCUGAUCCUUCAGUGGUUGAUAGAAAUGCUGAAGAUAAGGAGACAGAGGAAGGCAGCGAGGUUACUGGUCCUUCAGUGGAUGAUAGCAAUACCGAAGAUCAGGAGACAGGGGAAUCUACCGAGGUUACUGGUCCUUCCGUGAAUGAUGGAAAUGCCGAAGACGAGGAGACAGAGGAAGCUGCCGAUCCUUCAGCGGAUGAUGGAAAUGCUGAAGACAAGGAGAACAUGCGAGAACGCAGCGAUAACAUUAGUUCGGAGAAAAGCCAGCCGUCAUCCACAUGCACAGAACUAGAAGACGGCAGCGCAGAGGUUCAAUCCGCACGAAAACCCCGCAGAGGUUCGUCCCGAUCAACGCUAAAGAAGAUCAGGGAACCUGCCUUGGAAGGCCCAGCAGACAGCGCUGCUCCAGUAGUCAGGCGUUCGACCCGCUCAAGCAGAAGGCUCUGAAGGGCGAUGCUGGGAUAUUCUCUGAUUUGGAACAGCAGCAGCUGCGGCUUCAGUGUAACAUGAAGUGAGUGUCAGCUCCUUUGUCGUCUGUGUGACGAUCUCGCCUUGAGAUCAUGGAGUUCUGAAGCCGUCAAUGCUCCUAACGCCUGCCCAACGUAGUGUUUAUUUGACUAGUUUGUGCUGGUAGAUCUGGGUGAGCCCGAGAAUACUUACCGUGUCGGCUGCUUGUAUUCCUUGGAACAAGAACUAGUUGUAUUUUGCUGUAACAGUCUAUGUUACCUUCUAACUGAAUAAUUUACAAUUUGUCUCACA